AUGUAUGCGAUGGCUCACAUCCCCAAGUCGCGCUUGGGUGACCCUCUGAGUACCCUAAACCUACCCACCGCCAGAAAGGGCACUUUUGAAAGUGGCGUGCUGAUAAGGCGCCACACUUUUCACGGCUUGGAGAUGAGGAGGUCCACGCCCCGGGCACGAAUCGCCCAGUUCCAGUGUGUAGGCGCUGGAAGGGGUCGGUCAGAAGCAGCGAAGUUAUAUGCUGGAGAGACCAUCGCAGAUGAGAAUUCUCAGAUUCACGAGAGAAGGGGUUCUUCGAUGAAAAAUAUAUACACAAGUGUCAAGAUCUCACUGGGUGUGCAGCAGCUCUGGAUUCUGUGCUUGCAUAGACACACGGGGGACAUUCUAACCAGUGCGUCUGUCAAGCACCUGAGCCACCGGCGCUUUGUGGUGUCCUUUCAGCUGGACGAUGUGCAGAGGACGGACCAGGACCUUUACCGCUGCGUUACCCAGUCUCCACGGGGCUCCGGAGUCUCCAACUACGCUGAGCUGGUGGUCAAAGUGCCGCCCUCACCCAUCGCCCCGCCUCAGCUGCUGCGGGCCGGCUCCACAUACCUCAUGAUCCAGCUGAACACAAACUCCAUCCUGGGAGAUGGCCCCAUCAUCCGCAAAGAGAUUGAGUACCGGGCCAGCCAGUCCCCCUGGUCCGAGGUGCACGGAGUGAACCUGCUCACCUACAAACUGUGGCACCUGGACCCAGACACAGAGUACCACAUCAGCGUGCUGCUCACGCGGCCCGGAGAAGGAGGCACGGGACCUGCAGGACCCCCGCUGGUGAGCCGGACCAAGUGUGCAGAGCCAAUGCGUGCGCUGAAGGGCCCCACGGCCUCGGACAUCCAGCCCAGGCAGCUCACUCUGCAGUGGGAGAACCUGGCCUUCAACCUGACGCGCUGCCACACUUACUCUGUGUCCCUGUGCUACCGCUACACAACUGCAGGGGGUGGCGGCGGUCACAACACCACCGUGAGAGAGUGUCUGGAGCUGGAACACAACACGUCCCACUUCACCCUGAGAGACCUGCCCCCCCACCACAGCAUCCACGUCCGCCUGGCACUGUCCAAUCCCGAAGGCAAGAAGGAGGGCCGCGAGGUCACCUUCCAGACCGACGAGGACAUUCCUGGGGGCAUCGCGCCAGAAUCACUGACCUUCACCCCCCUGGAUGACAUGAUCUUCCUCAAGUGGGAGGAGCCAGUGGAACCAAACGGCCUCAUCACGCAGUAUGAGAUAAGUUACCAGAGCAUCGAGUCGUCCGACCCCAGCAUCAAUGUCCCAGGACCUCGCCGGACCGUGUCCAAACUGAAGAAUGAGACGUACCACAUGUUCUCCAACCUGCACCCAGGGACCACGUACCUCAUCUCAGUGAGAGCGCGCACCGCAAAGGGCUUUGGACAGACCGCCUUGACCGAGAUAACCACCAACAUCUCAGCCCCCACCUUUGACUAUGGAGACGUCCCAUCCCCUCUGGGUGAGACUGAGAGCACCAUCACUGUGCUCCUGCGGCCGGCCCAGGGCAGAGGCGCACCCGUCAGCACGUACCAGGUGGUGGUUGAGGAGGAGAUGGUGAAGAGACUGAGGCGUGAGCUGGGCCACCAGGACUGCUUCCCUCUGCCCAUGUCCCACGGAGAGGCUCAAGCCCGGGGCACCCCUCACUACUACACGGCGGAGCUUCCCCCUAGCAGCCUGCCCGAGGCAAGUCCCUUCACUGUGGGUGACAACCACACUUACAACGGCUACUGGAACACCCCCUUGGACCCUCGCAAGAGCUACCUUGUCUACUUCCAGGCCAUGAGCAACUUCAGAGGGGAAUCCAGAAUCAACUGCAUCCGCAUCGCACGCAAAGCCGCGUGCAAAGACCACCGUAAGGCCAUGGAGGUGUCUCAGAACUCGGAGGAGAUGGGCCUGAUCCUGGGCGUCUGCGCUGGAGGUCUCAUCGUGCUCAUCCUGGUGCUGGGAGCGGUCAUCAUCAUCAUAAAGAAAGGGAGGGACCACUACUCUUACUACCCAAAGCCUGUGAAUAAGACGCCCAUCACAUACCGGCAGGAGAAGAACCACAUGGGCUCCAUGGAGCGCAGCUUCACCGACCAGAGCACUCUGCAGGAGGAUGAGAGAAUGGCCCUGUCCUUCAUGGACCCGCAUGCCUGUGGGACACGCAGUGAUGGCCGGAGCACCGUGAACGAGGCCAGCAGUCUCCUGGGCAGCUCCCCGAGGCACCACUGUGGGAGGAAAGGCUCUCCGUACCACACAGGCCAACUCCAUCCGGCUGUGCGUGUCGCUGACCUGCUGCAACACAUCAACCAGAUGAAGACGGCCGAGGGAUACGGCUUUAAGCAGGAGUACGAGAGCUUUUUCGACGGCUGGGAUUGUGCGAAGACAAAGACGGACAAAACCACGGGGAGACAUGACACUCUUUCAGGAUAUGACCGGCACAGAGUGAAGCUGCACCCUCUUCUGGGAGAUCCAAAUUCUGAUUAUAUUAACGCCAACUACAUAGAUGGCUACCAUCGAUCCAACCACUUCAUCGCCACUCAGGGGCCGAAGCAGGAGACUCUUUAUGACUUCUGGAGGAUGGUCUGGCAGGAAAACUGCUUCAGCAUCGUCAUGAUCACUAAACUGGUGGAGGUGGGCAGGGUGAAGUGCUGUAAGUACUGGCCUGAAGACAGCGAGAUGUACGGAGACAUCAAAAUCACUCUACUGAAGAGCGAGACGCUGGCAGAGUACACAGUGCGCACCUUCGCCUUGGAGCGGAGGGGAUACUCCACAAAACAUGAGGUGCGGCAGUUCCACUUCACGUCGUGGCCUGAACACGGGGUCCCCUUCCACGCCACAGGACUGCUGGCUUUCAUCCGCAGAGUCAAAGGCUGCACUCCUCCAGACGCGGGGCCAGUGGUGGUUCACUGCAGUGCCGGGGCGGGCCGCACUGGCUGCUACAUUGUGCUGGAUGUGAUGCUGGACAUGGCCGAGUGUGAGGGAGUGGUGGACAUUUACAACUGUGUGAAAACCUUGUGCUCGCGACGCAUCAACAUGAUCCAGACAGAGGAGCAGUACAUCUUCAUCCACGAUGCCAUCCUGGAGGCCUGUUUGUGUGGAGAGACAGCCCUCUUGGUCAAUGAAUUCGCUGUUGCUUACAAAGAGAUGCUGCGCGUGGAUUCUCAGAGUAACUCCUCACAACUCCGAGAUGAAUUUCAGACUCUGAACUCUGUGACGCCACACUUGGACGUGGAGGAGUGCAGCAUCGCCCUUUUACCUCGGAAUCGUGAGAAGAACCGCAGCAUGGACGUCCUGCCGCCGGACCGAGCGCUGGCUUUCCUCGUCACCACGGAGGGCGAGAGCAACAACUACAUCAACGCCGCGCUGGCCGACAGCUUCCACCGCCAGGCCGCCUUCGUGGUGACGCCUCACCCUCUGCCCGGAACCACCGCAGACUUUUGGAGACUGGUGUACGACUACGGCUGCACCGCUGUGGUUAUGCUCAAUCAGCUAAACCAGUCCAACUCAGCCUGGCCGUGUGUGCAGUACUGGCCGGAGCCGGGUCUUCAGCAGUACGGACCCAUGGAGGUGGAGUUUUUGUCCAUGUCAGCCGACGAAGACAUCAUUACACGGCUGUUCAGAGUCAAAAACGUCACCCGGCUUCAGGAGGGGCAGCUGGUGGUCUGUCAGUUCCAGUUCCUGCGCUGGUCGGCCUACAGAGAUGUCCCGGACUCUAAGAAGGCUUUCCUCCACCUGCUGGCUCAAGUGCACAAGUGGCAGAGGGACUGUGGAGAAGGACGCACUGUGGUCCACUGUCUAAAUGGCGGCGGUCGCAGUGGUGUGUUCUGUGCCUGUAACAUCCUGCUGGAGAUGAGUCAGUAUCAGAACAUGGUGGACAUCUUCUACGCCGUCAAAACUCUGCGCAACUGCAAGCCCAACAUGGUGGAGUCUUUGGACCAGUAUCGCUUCUGCUACGACCUGGUUCUGGAGUACCUGGACUGCUUUGAAGAGAGAUAG